GACUAUUAAUUAGUAUCGACUAGCUUCUUUAAUUUAUAUAUAUAUGGUUUUACAAAGUAAGUGAAAUGCACAACCACUACUAGUGUGUGCCUUUGUCUGGCUCUAAAUUUGCCAAAACACUAGCCUAUUGUGUGUCUCACACUUCCUGCAUUUUCUUCAAUCUUUACGUGUUUUUAGUCCUUACAACCAUAUACUUUGUUUGUAGUAGCUAUUGGUCCCUCAUAUAUCUAACCAGAAAUCUUUGUACCCUUUUGAAGUUACUGCCGCAUAAAUCGUUCAGCUUCAAAGGUUAUAUAAAGGAAUAUCAGGUGUGGCAUGAUGGAUUUUGGGUGGUACUGGAGAUUGAUAUGUGCUGCUGCUCUUGCUGGGAUUCUCUUCUUUCAUGGCGUUUGUUUCGCGGAAACAGCCUCAAACUACACAUUCAUGCAUGAAGCAACCUCAGCCCCGGACAUAUCAUACUAUGACUACAUCAUCAUCGGCGGAGGUACCGCCGGCUGCCCUUUGGCGGCGACUCUCUCCCAAAACUACAGUGUCCUACUACUUGAACGAGGUGGCUCGCCCUAUGGAAACCCUAACAUAACCGACUUGGCCGCAUUCGGCCAACCACUCUCCGACCCUUCCCCAACAUCUCCGUCGCAGCGUUUCAUCUCCGAGGACGGAGUCAUAAACGCCCGUGGUAGGAUUUUGGGUGGUGGGAGCUGCCUGAAUGCAGGGUUCUACACACGCGCCGCCACGGACUACGUGAGGCAAGUGGGAUGGGACGGCCGGCUGGUGAACGAUUCGUACCAGUGGGUGGAAAAGGUGGUGGCAUUUGAGCCACCGAUGAUGCAGUGGCAAUCUGCGGUGAGGGAUGGACUGGUUGAAGUUGGUGUUCUGCCUUACAAUGGUUUCACGUAUGAUCAUUUGAAUGGGACUAAGGUUGGUGGGACCAUAUUCGACCGUGACGGUCACCGGCAUACAGCUGCUGAUUUGCUCCAGUAUGCAAACCCUAAGGGACUCACUGUUCUUCUGCAUGCUUCUGUUCAUAAGAUCUUGUUUCGAAUUAAAGGUAAAACAAGGCCGUUAGCCCAUGGAGUGGCCUUCAGAGACUCGUCCGGGAUUAAGCACAGAGCAUAUCUAAAUAGAGGGCCCAAGAAUGAAAUCAUUGUAUCUGCAGGUGCACUUGGAAGCCCGCAACUUCUGAUGUUGAGUGGAGUGGGCCCUCAAGACCACCUCAAGGCCCAUAACAUCACGGUGGUGCACCACCAGCCCUUGGUUGGCCAAGGCAUGUCUGAUAACCCUAUGAAUGCCAUUUUCAUUCCCUCUCCCGUCCCCGUCGAGGUGUCCCUCAUUCAAGUUGUCGGAAUCACUCAGUUCGGGAGCUAUAUUGAAGCUGCCAGUGGAGAAAACUUCGCGGGUGGAAGCCCACAGAGAGACUUUGGCAUGUUUUCUCCUAAGAUUGGCCAGCUCUCUACAGUCCCGCCAAAACAAAGAACACCAGAAGCCAUAGCCAAAGCAAUUGAAAGCAUGAGUAGUCUUGAUGAAGCAGCUUUUAGAGGAGGAUUCAUCCUUGAGAAGAUCAUGGGACCCCUCUCAACUGGCCAUCUAGAGCUCCGAAAUAAGAACCCUAACGACAAUCCAUCCGUCACAUUUAAUUACUUCAAGGAGCCUGAGGACUUACACAGAUGUGUCGAGGGCAUUAGGAUUAUUGAGAGGAUAAUCGAAUCUAGGUCAUUCUCUAAAUUCAGAUUCGAUUUUUUAUCAGUGCCGGCCCUUCUCAACAUGACAGCACAGUCUCCGGUCAACUUGUUGCCUAGGCACAACAACACUUCCACGUCGCUGGAACAAUUUUGUAAGGACACUGUCAUGACCAUAUGGCACUACCAUGGAGGCUGCCAAGUUAAUAGGGUUGUUGAUCAUGACUAUAAAGUUCUUGGUGUGGAUGCACUACGAGUUAUCGAUGGUUCCACCUUCAAUUACUCUCCUGGAACUAAUCCUCAAGCCACUGUUAUGAUGCUUGGAAGGUACAUGGGAGUUAGGAUACUGAGUGAGAGACUUGCAAGCGAUAAUUCAAAGUAAUUAUCAACUUUAAAUGUAUAUUUUGAUUUUGAGGAUGAUGUGACCUAUAUGCAUGUAUGAGUCAUGAAUACUUAUUGAGUUGGAUUUCACAAUAACGUCUCUCAAAAAAAAAAAAAAAGGACAAAUUAAUUCGGUCAUCUUUGUGGCUUCUUUAGUGGUUAUGGUUAUUUGAAAAUAUACACACAAAUACACAGUUACUAGCUAGUUGAACUUCAUUUUCCGGUAAAUUGGUCGAUUUGAGUAUGGCUGGCUUAAAAAAUAUUGGAGCUGCUACAAAUGAGUUGUCCAAAAUUUGGAAUAUCCUAGUGUAGUGUUUUUGAGCAUCUGGUUUGGUUGCUUAUUUCUAGUGCUUUUGGUGAUUGACAAGUA